AUAUUGUAACCUAGCUUGUGCAUGAAGAGCCAUAGUAGGUGAGAGCUUCUCUUAGACACACCCUAGCUGUCCUUAUUUCCUCCCCCACGCAACAAGUUUAAAUUCCAAACUUCCUUGCUCACAUUAAGCAAGAAAGGAAGCCUUUGAUCAUAAUCAGUGCUUUCACCAACCAAAUCCUUCCCUCCCAAUUUGCCCAAGAAAAGGUAAGUCCGAAGAAGAAGAAAGAGAGGAUAUAGGUGUUGGGGAAAAAAAACUAGCUAAGGAUUGAAGUAGAUCUAGACUAGAUCUAUAUUUAGAUAGUUAGAUAGCUAGAGAUCAUGCAAGGUGGAGAAGGGAAAGAUGAAAAAUUGCCACCAGGGUUCCGGUUUCAUCCGACGGAUGAAGAACUGAUCACUUAUUAUCUCAUAAACAAGAUCUCAGAUGCUACUUUUACUGGAAGGGCUGUUGCAGAUGUUGACCUAAACAAGUGUGAGCCAUGGGAUCUUCCAGGGAAGGCAAAGAUGGGAGAAAAAGAAUGGUAUUUCUUCAGCUUAAGAGAUCGGAAGUACCCGACCGGAGUGAGAACAAACCGAGCAACGAAUACUGGUUACUGGAAGACCACAGGGAAAGACAAGGAGAUCUUCAACAGUGUUACCACAGAGUUGGUUGGGAUGAAGAAAACUCUGGUUUUCUACAGAGGGAGAGCCCCUAGAGGAGAGAAAACCAACUGGGUCAUGCAUGAGUACCGCAUUCAUUCCAAAUCUGUCUACAGAACUAGCAAGCAGGAUGAAUGGGUAGUUUGUAGGGUAUUCCAGAAGAGCGCCGGAGGGAAGAAGUACCCGUCGUCUUCCUCAUCAAAUGCAGGCGGCCACGCAAGAGGAGGGGCACCGGUGAAUGUCAACAACCCCUACAAUAUCAACCUGGAAAUGGGAGGUCAUCCUAGUGCCAUGCAACAAAUGCACAUGCACUCGCAGAUGAUGCAGCAGGCCGCGGUUGAUGCUGGUCAGUUCCCCAUUAGUGGAAGAAACCACUAUAUGAUGACAAAUCCAGAAAUGGCGGAGAUAUCGCGUGUCUUAAGGGGAGGCGGUGGUGGUGGUGGCUAUCCAAUCCAACCGCAACUAAAUUACCCUGGAGGAGGAGCAGGAGCAGCAGCAGGAGGAGGAGGAUGCUUCACUAUUUCAGGACUAAAUUUGAACCUCGGUGGCGGUGGUGGAAGAGGAGGAGGAGCUUCCACGGCACAAAUGCCAAUUUUUCGGCCACCACAACCAACCGGGGUAGUGAAUUUGAAUCUACAAGACACUGCUGCAAGUUCCUCUAUGUUCACAGCUGGUACAAGUGCUCUUCCAACUGAUCAGUCAGCUCUCUACGGCGCAGAUCAGGUGAAUAAUACCAACGCAAAUCAAAUGGCCGCUGGCAACCGAUACAUGACAAACAUAGAUCAUCUUGAUUUAGAGAAUUACUGGCCCCAGUAUUAAGUUGUCUUAUGUUAAUUCGGAUCAACCCUAUUGAGGGGGUCCGAGGAAAGUUGAUCGAUCGUUUCCCUUUCCUUUUUCUUUUUUCUUGAAACAUGUUUCACAGGUAUUCUAGCUAUGAUGCAAGAGCAUGCUGGGGAAAGAAAGAGAGCAUCGAACAACAGAAUCAUCGGUCAAGCUAGGAUAUGUAUUUUAUGCGAUUAGUGUACGCGAUCAGUGAGUGUAACUGUAGAUUAAAAAAAAUAGAACUACAGAUAUGCUUGUGUUGAGAUUUCUCUAAUUAGUGUAGGACUCUAGGAAAGCAGGCAAGUCUGCUAUCAGCCUAUGAGAUAUGCUAGCUCUUGAAAUCUGAAAAUGUAUCUAUAGCUCACCACGUCAAACGUUGGAAGGUGAAGCUUUGUACUUAUCAUUUUCA